GAAAGUAGGUUAGCAGAGCUGUGGCAGGGACUAGCAGCCCAGGAGAGGGAGAGAGAGGGGCAGGUACCUAGAGUGGCUGAAGAGGCAGAUCCAGUCACUUACCCAUAAUUAGGAGAGCAAAACACCAUCCCAGAACAAGGACCCAAUCCUGGAGACUUAAUUUAUCAAAGGAAUUGCUGCUGUCCUAGGCACCUGGGCUGCGUGUUUUCAUGAUAUUCUCAACCCAAUCCUAAUACCAGAAAGCCCCAAGAUGCGAGCCCAAAUCGAAGUGAUCCCGUGUAAGAUCUGCGGAGACAAGUCUUCGGGGAUUCACUAUGGUGUCAUCACCUGUGAAGGCUGUAAGGGUUUCUUCCGGAGAAGCCAGCAGAAUAACGCCAGCUACUCCUGCUCGCGCCAGAGGAACUGCCUGAUCGACCGGACCAACCGGAACCGGUGCCAGCACUGCCGCCUGCAGAAAUGUCUGGCGCUGGGCAUGUCGCGUGACGCGGUGAAGUUCGGCCGCAUGUCCAAGAAGCAGCGGGACAGCCUGUAUGCGGAGGUGCAGAAGCACCAACAGAACCAGGAGCAGAACGGGGUCUCCAAGGACGACUCCGAGGCCCUGGCACGGGUCUACCCCACCAGCGUGAGCAGCGGGGUCUCGGACCUGGACGAUAUCUCCCCACUGUCGGAUGGGCUCCUCUUCGACUUCCCCCUCACCCCUGACGGAGGCAGCACCUACUACAACCUCGACCUCCUGACCUCGGCCCAGCCCUCGCCUGACCAGUCCAGCAUGGACGUCAGCGAUGCCAAACUCAUCAAGCAGGAGUCCAUCUACGAGCUGAUGCUGGAGCCAGGCCUCUUUGCCCACGGCACCCUGGAGGGCAGCCAGCUCGCCUCGGACAUUUCGAUGCUCGAGAUCGACCGGAUCGCUCAGAACGUGGUCAAGUCCCACCUGGAAACCUGCCAGUACACGACGGAGGAGCUCAAGAGGCUAGCAUGGAUGCUCUACACCCAGGAGGAGAUCAGGAGCUUGCAGAACAAGAGCUGCGAGACCAUGUGGCAGCAGUGCUCCCUGCAGAUCUCCAACGCCAUUCAGUACGUGGUGGAGUUCGCCAAGCGCAUCGACGGCUUCAUGGAGCUCUGCCAGAACGACCAGAUCAUCCUCCUCAAAGCAGGUUGCCUGGAAGUGCUUCUGAUCCGAAUGAUUCGGGCAUUCAACCCUUUAAAUAACACGGUGCUCUUCGAGGGGAAAUACGGUGGCAUGCAGAUGUUCAAGUCGCUUGGCUGCGACGACCUUAUCAAUGCCGUCUUCGAGCUCGGGAGGAACUUGUGCCGGCUACAGCUCUCGGACGAGGAGAUUGCUCUGUUCACUGCAGCCGUCCUGCUCUCUCCAGAUCGCCCUUGGCUCACGGAAUCCAAGAAGGUGCAGAAACUCCAGGACAAGAUCUAUAUAGCCCUGCAGCACGAGAUCCAGAAGAAACACCCCAGCGAGGAUAAGCUCUCGAAGAUGAUUUCCAAGCUGCCCUUGAUGAAAACCAUCUGCAACCUGCACUUGGACAAGUUGGAGUUUUUCCGGCUCCUGCAUCCGGAGACCGUUAUGAACUUUCCGCCCCUGUACAAGGAAGUAUUCAACUCGGAGCUCCAGUACAGCGACCCGCGAGAGAGCUAAGGCUCGGAGCGGCCAGACCCUGUUUCAUUUCCCAAAGUUUGGAGGGAACAGAGACACUGGGGGCCAGGGGAGGUUCAUUUAACUCAAAUAACCAAACCCGAGAGACCCUACGGGGUGAGGUGAUCUGCCCCUCUGCCCCACCUCCUCGCUGUGGUUUGCAAUAGCUCUUGAAUGUAAUGCACCUUGAAGGACAAGUGAACUGACUUUGCCAUACCGGUGAAAUGAAUGUGAAAUCUCCACUCCCUCGAGGAGACGCUCCAGUAUCGUACCAACACCUUCCCUUAGUGCAUGAAUCACCAUGGGGCAGACACACGCCCAUGCAACAAAGCAAAGGAGCCCAGCUGCCAGCACUCAUCCCAGGACCAGCCCUUGUUCUCCUCUUGUUUCAUAUGUAUUUGUUUGUUUUAAAUUAAAUAAACACCAGAAAGAUGGAAUGAAAAAGGGGCAAUACAGACUUGGUGGGAUAGGUGGCUAACCGAAAACAGGCAGGGGAUGGGAAGAGAAGUAAAGGCCGGAGUUGAAUUGGACUGAAGCGUGGAGGGAAAAGAAGACAUAAGUAGCAUCUUACUCUUAAUGUGCCCUGGGUUUAAUGACUACCCAAGGAGCAGGGGGACAGAGCCAGGCCUGUAAUGACUGGGCCGCUCAGUGGAAAACAGGGAAGUAGAAAUUCAACAUCGUAUCCCCUUAUGAAGAAUCUAGCAGGGUAACUGUCCAAAUCUAACCAGAAGGGAUGCUAGUGGGGUCUGCACAGGGGUAGACUCCCUGUGAUCAGUGGUUUGAAUGAGGGUCAGCUGUUCCCGUCACCCCUCCGAAUGCCAUACCUGAGUCUUUCAGGGAAGUCCCCGCCUGCCUUGUAGGAUCCUGGGCACUUUCUCUAAGAGAAGGGGUUUGCCUCUCUACCUGUGGCCAAAUACCACUCUCCGGCUCCUGUGUAGUGCUGCUGUGCGUUGCCCUCCCAGAGGCAGCUGCAUUUUAAAGGUGCUGUGUGUCUAUAGUGUCCGUGCUUUGGGGCGCCAGGCACUGCUGGAACUGUUGUUAUUAUAAGCAGUCGUUCGUUCAGGCCAUGGCUGUCGUAUUUAUUUAUUUGUAUAGAGUCCCCUUUUAAAGUGAAAUUCCCCGUCUCAGAUCAGGUCUGGUGGCCUUUUCUUCUCCCUAACUGCAUCCAACGUGGCCAUGUUAACCCUUCUUCUCCCAGAGGUGUAACCCACUCAGUGUAGCGCGCUGUCCCAUUUUAGUGGGGGCUGGGCCAUAGACAGAGGUUAUUGAGCCUCCUGCAGGGUUAGUUACCUAACUUUGGUCUUCUUGCUCGGGCAGUGGCGGCUUGUGCGUUUUAGAACCAGAGGGCCCAAGUCAAUCCCUGCUACUGACAUCCCAGCUGGGAAUGCAGUGUUACCAAAGCAUCCCAGGCCUCCUUUGGUGCUGGCUCCCACCCCGCGCCUUGCAUCUCCCUGUAAGGGCGGUUAAUGCUCUCGUUCUCCAGGCAACAUCUGCUGCAAAGCGCGGUACCUGCCAAGCGUAACAGGGUUAGGAAAAAACGGCGUGCAGCUGCUCUGUUCCUGGAGGUCGAAUCAUCCUUUUCGCUCCGGAUUUUGAUGUGUUUUAGGAUUCGCUCUCUGAGUUGAACCGAAAUCAGGGUUCUCUCUCAGUGGAUCUUUUUAUCACAGCAAAGUUACUAGGCGGUGAUGGGGGCAGCGGUCAUUAUUCCCCCCUCUAGCAUCUUCUCCUCCCCAGAGUUUCAGUUUUGGAAGAAGCUGAUGCCUCUAAGGAAAAAAAAGAGGGACUAUAUUUGUGCAGUCAUUUGGGUGGAGGGAUACCAUCUCCUUCCACACUGUGUAACAGCCCAUAGGUUGGUUAUACUGCUGGAGAGAUUAAACUGUCACCUAUUGUGGAUUAUUUUUUAGUUCCUGCUCCUGCUCCCAUUGUUGCCAAUGCCAGAUCGUACAAGGAGAAAACCUUCUUGCCAGAGGAACAGUGGUUCCUACUGAUAAAUAGUCAAACUCCCAACUCCUUGCCCUUUUUCUUACUUAUUUCUUCUGUAAUUAACCUCCCCCAUCCUAUAAAUCACCAAGAAGGUUUGAACCUACUACCUUCAUUUCUAUAGUACAGCCCGCUCCAUCUCUUGAGGUGAGCAAGUAACUCCAUUAGCCAGCACUAGUCAUAACUUUUUCUUCUGCGGGUGGCCCAGCUUCUGGAGAGGAACACGCUUUGCACUUAUUCAGGCAAACCUCCCCAUGAAGUCUAUGGGAACUCUGCCUGACUAAAGGCAGAGUAAAAAUGGAGUAAGAACUUGGGACUUUCAUUUUCCCUUAAAACCACCAUACACAAAAUAAAGCUGGACCUUAUUUCUUGUUUGUUAACCACUGUUAGAUGUCUGUAGUGGGGAAUAUCAGAAUUCUCCACCUCAGUUUAUUAACAUUGCAUUUUUCUCCACUGAUUGCAUGUUCCUAAAUUCACUCAUCUUUCAGAAGAAGGCUGCUGGCUUUCCCAGUAGCCCGUUGCAGUAUCUAGUGCCAUAUAUUGUUCUCCAGGACAGUGUUAGCAGGGGUGGGGACGUGAUAUUGCUUUUUUUGCUACACCCUCUGAUCCCAGAACGUUGUGGACUUGAAAAGUCAGUAUUGCCUUUUUCAUACACGGGGUUGUGCCUUUUUAAAAAUCGUUUCCAAUUGCACCGAUUGCUUAUUGGCUAUCUUCCUUGAUGGACGGCAGACCUUAGGGGGCUAGCACGGCGAGGAAGGAAUGUGCUUUGUUAAAGAGGUUUUUGUCAGUUUCUGCGAGAGGACAGAAAUCCCUUUCUUAAAGGCAAUAGCCACAAGUGUUCCGAAAUGUUUG